UCUCCGGUUUCUACAGCUUUCCUAUUUCAGUUUGGAGGCAGGUGCGGGAGCUGGGAGCCAGGCAUCAUGGCUGCCAUGGGGAUCCAAGUGUUGGGCAUCACCCUCUCGGUCAUUGGCUGGCUGGGCACCAUCCUCUGCUGCGGCCUCCCUAUGUGGCGAGUGACCGCCUUCAUCGGCAACAACAUCGUGGUGGCCCAGAUCAUCUGGGAUGGCCUGUGGAUGAGCUGUGUGGUCCAGAGCACCGGGCAGAUGCAAUGCAAGGUCUAUGAGUCCAUGUUGGCGCUGGCCCAGGACAUGCAAGCGGCCCGUGCGCUGGUGAUUAUUGCAAUUGUGCUAGCAGUGGUGGGGAUCUUCUUCGCCAUCAUCGGAGGGAAAUGCACCAACUGCGUGGAGGAUGAAUCAACCAAGGCCAAGAUCGUUAUCUUUUCUGGCAUCAUCUUCAUCUUGUCCGGCAUCAUGCUCCUCAUCCCCCUUUGCUGGACCGCCAAUACAAUCAUCCGGGAUUUCUACAACCCCAUGGUCACCGAGAGCCAGAAGCGGGAGCUGGGAGCCUCGCUGUACAUUGGAUGGGCUUCCUGUGGGCUGCUCCUUCUUGGCGGGACGUUGCUGUGUUGCAACUGCCCCCCUAAAAAUGAGAAACAGUAUUCGGCAAAGUACACGGCUGCCCGAUCCAUGCCGACCAGCAACUACGUGUAAAAAUCAACUACGUCUCCCCACACUGCGGCUUUGGCAGGGGACUAUCUGUCACCACCCCAAUGGGGUAGAUCUAAGACCGUGCUUGUUCUACGUUGGACGGACCCUCCUUUCGUAACUUGAAAACUGUAUUCUGCAGGCUGAGCUCCUUGCCCUGGUUCUGAAAGCAGGUCUCAUUCUCCCAUGUUCACCCCUUUGAGGAAACAUCUCGGACACAGGGCCUGAGAAGGAGAUGGUGAUUGGCUGGUGGGCGCCUGCCACCAUCACCCACUGGAAACACACGAAGAACCAAUAUCAGGUAGCUCCUUUGGUACAAUGGCCAAAAGGUUGGCUUCAAGGUCAUCCAAUGGAUUUCACCUUGCAAACGUGAACUGAAGAGACUGAGGGGCUUUACUCUGAGCAAUGCACCAACAGCGUGGAGUGCGUGGUAACAGCACAGAGCUGGUGUGUGUGUGUCGAGUUUCAAGGGCCUAGAACCUGAAGACUAAACCACGCUAGUGUAACAUGGGGGGGUUGGAGUGGGGUCUGGGAAACUGUGGACAGGGUUAAGAAUUUUGAUUUGCUAUUGGUAUUUUUGACCUUGGGACGAGGGCUGGCAAAGAACUGUGGAGGACUUUCAAGGUCAUUCUGGGUCUGGCUAGUGGGUAAAAUUGUUUGUGGGUUUGGGUGAGUAUUUAAAUGAACACAGAGAACUGAAAACUGUGCGUAAGACUCCCUUCAACCCUUCCAAACAGUAAGAGGUGAGCACUCACCCUGUCCUUGAGUGGGCUGAAUAAUCCUUGCAAAGUUUCAAAGUGUAUGGGCUUCCUCAGAUGAAAGUUGUUAGUCAGUGGUAAAAUAGAAAUAUGUUCAGGCUGAUGUUUACGAUGUUAGAAGAUGGGCUAAAAUUCAAAUAGUGAAGCAUGGUAGAAACACAGGAGAAACAGACAAGCCUCAGAAUUUAGGAAGAACUUAAUUUGGAAGUGGGCUUUGCUCUGGAACCCGCUUCCAGUGCCAACACCCCUCUGGUGAUGCCUUUAAAAACUUUUUAUCAAUGCAGUCUGGCUGCAUAUGAUGGUGCUCUGACCAUGUGCAGAGUGCCUUGCAUAUACCACUGAGUAUUUGCAACUUAAAUCUUCCAUUGUGGAAUGAAGAGGGAGAAAUUACAGUUCAAAACAAAUGGACUUUAGGAAUUCUUCAGUAUCACAACCUCCUGCUUUAGAAAUUAUAACUUUCAUCUCUUCUUCUUGAUGGGCCCAGCUCUGUACAUUUGGGAGGCAUUUUUCUGCAGGAGGGUUCUUGCAGGCUCAGCCUAUUUUGAAUAUCAGGGCUUGGUCCUUUGUCUUAGGAAAUAAUAAGUGUGCAUCCAUGCACAUGCAAAGUGUCUUUCCCGCAGCACAGAAUAACUGAGAGACAUGUCAAGAUUUCCCUUUGGUGCUGGUCUUGUUUGUAUGGCCAGGGCGGUGCUGUGAGAAUAUCCGCCACUUUCUUGCAGGGGUCUUUAUUCUGGCCUCCCCACACCAGGGAUUGUCAGAUCAAGACAGGAAAGAGAAGCUGACAUUUUGGGUUUUUUGCAACUCUAUAGUUCCGUAUUCUCUCCCCAUUCCUCCUUGGUAUUUUAUUUCAUGGUUUUAAGUGAUAUUUUAUCUUUAUGUGGUAUGUUAAAGUUUAUAGAAGAGCAGUCUGUAAAUGGUUUGAAUAAACUGUUUUAAAUAAAUGUGUGUAUAUAAAAGGUA